AUGCCUUCCCUCAUCCCAAACCGAUGGUCCUUCGGGGGCAAGAAAACAUCAAAGGGAGGCACGCCGGAGGAGGCCACAUCUCAGAGGGAUUCGGUGCCGUCCACGCCUGUGCCGUCCACGCCGGUGUCAGGCGUGUCGAGUCGUAGACAUAGCCAUCCUGACAAGCGAUAUACAACCAGUGGCAUUGACGACGCUUCUAAAUACCGAGCAAUGAUAAAAUAUUUUCAUAGCCGAUUGACUGCGUGCCAAUGGCUACCUCCACAGAAUAGCUCUUCUGGAGUCUUUCUACGUCGGUCUAGGGGCGUGUACAUGUCAGAGCCAGACGAUGUUAAUCCCAUGCUACUUGCAGCAAUCCAGAAAAUCAACGCUACAGUUGCUUUCACUAUGAUGACCGAGACGACAAAUAUUAUUACAUCGCUACUUACGCCCGGGCAAACAGAAUUAAUUCUUCCUGACGGCUUUCAGGUUCAAGUAAUUGACUCCUACGCUGAUAUCGCGGGACCGCACUCGUAUCUGCUUAAGAAGCAUCAGUAUUCUGCAUUGAUUCGAGAAGAGCGUCUCCUUCUCGUUUGGAAUGACGAUUUAAAUGCCAUAUUAAGCCAUGCAGCAGAUGUAGAAGGAAAGCUACUAUCCAUGAUUUGGGGAAGUCCCGCACCGAUGUUUAGCAACCCAGUCACAACUGUGACAACUCCUCGGGAAUCGGUCGUAACCUCCCCUGCAGCUUCCACAUAUCAUCUGACUCUCGACGCUGGAAGAGAGCCGCAGCAAAUCGACCAAGGUCGUAGCACUCCUACGGAUAGUUCUCCAGCUAGGCUCGGUGACGAGGAAGCUAAACAUCCUAAGGAGUCACUACAGCGACCAUUAGCAGUAACCAGCGCAAUUUUCGUUGGAAUGGCCGUAAUGCUUCUCGUUAUCCUGAUUCUGGGAUUUGGCAUCUCCAAUUUACUUUUGGAAUACUCGAUUGAUGGCGGUGCAAUGCGGUUUGCACUUACGGCAACUCUCCCAAUAUUUUUGUUGUUCAGUGUCUUCUUCAUGAUCGUCCUCUUCACCGAUAUAUUCCAAGCUGUUGGACCGAUCAAGACGCUCAAGACCAACUCACGCUUUUAUUCCCCGGUUGCCCCUGACCUGAAAACGGCGUAUUCCUUAGGAUUCGAACCACCCCGCAUAACAAUUCAAAUGCCAAUCUAUACCGAGAGUCUUGAAGGUGUCAUUAAGCCGACCAUCAGUAGUUUGAAGACAGCAAUCUCUCACUAUGAAUCACAUGGAGGUACGGCGAAUAUCUUUAUCAAUGACGAUGGCUAUGCCUUGCUUUCCGAAGAAGAGAAGCAAGAGAGAAUCAACUUCUACCAUGACAACAAUAUUGGUUGGGUGGCUAGACCUAAAAAUAAUGAGGAUGGCUACGUCCGAAAGGGGAAGUUCAAGAAGGCCUCCAACAUGAAUUUUGCCCUGAAUGUCUCCAAUAAAAUCGAGGCAGAACUCAUCCAGCGUAUGACUCCGACAUUGGAAAAGUCCGAUAUGGUUGAUCCUAUGCAGGAAGAGAUUGUCUAUAGACAGGCUUUCGAUCAUAUCAUUCAGUCCGAUCCUCGUAUUCGAGGAGCUGGCGGUGAUAUCCGUGUGGGGGAAAUUAUCCUGAUUGUUGAUUCGGACACUCGAGUCCCGGCCGACUGCCUUCUAUAUGGUGCCGCCGAGAUGUUCCUAAGCCCCGAAGUUGCCAUUAUCCAGCAUUCCACCGGCGUUAUGCAAGUUUCGAAUGAUUAUUUUGAGAAUGGUAUCACUUAUUUCACCAAUCUCAUCUAUUCGGCGAUUCGAUUUGCGGUAGGCAGUGGCGAGACUGCCCCUUUUGUUGGUCACAACGCCUUUCUUCGAUGGCAAGCGGUUCAGUCCGUCGGCCGUCCUGAUGACGGAUAUGUAGCCUUUUGGUCCGAAAGUCAUGUAUCGGAGGACUUCGACAUUGCUCUGCGUCUUCAGAUCCAGGGAAACAUCAUUCGUUUAGCUAGCUAUCAUAACGACGAAUUCAAGGAAGGCGUCUCACUCACUAUUUACGAUGAACUAUCCCGCUGGGAAAAAUACGCAUAUGGCUGCAACGAACUCGUCUUCAAUCCUAUCCAUACAUGGGUUUACCGUGGUCCGCUGACCAAGUUAUUCAUGACCUUUCUAUGGUCCAACCUGCAACUUUCCUCCAAAAUCACCAUUCUUGGAUACAUUUCCUCUUACUACGCUUUGGCAUCUGGUUUUCCCUUGACUGUGCUUAACUACUUCCUCGUCGGCUGGUUCGAGGGUUACCUAGAUAAGUUUUACAUGGAGUCAUGGAAAGUGUUUCUUAGUUUGCUCGUUGUCUUUUCGGGAGCUGGAAAUAUCUCGUUGGCAAUCAUCCGCUACCGUCUGGGAGAGAAGUCACUGAUGGCAUCCCUCCUGGAGAAUUUCAUGUGGAUGCCCAUGUUUGCUAUCUUUUUCGGUGGACUUUCUUUCCAUCUGAGCCUGGCGAUUCUAGCCCAUAUGUUCCGGAUAAACAUGUCCUGGGGAACUACGGCAAAGGAGAAGGACGAUUCAAACUUCUUCAAAGAGAUGCCCAAGAUCUUCAAGAAUUUCAAAUGGAUGUACGCGGUCGUACUUCCGUUUUUCCCGGCCAUGAUCUACUUGGGUUGUUUUGCUCCGCGAGGUUGGACAAUUACUGAAGUCGCUGCAGUUGUCCCCAUGUCCGUCACCUUGGGAUCUCACGUUUUGCUGCCCUUGCUUCUAAACCCAUCACUCAUGGUUUUCAAUUACUAG